UUUCCCGCGUUUUUUAAUGCAGUAAACAAAAGGCGGGAGUACCGUUGGGAGCGUGCACCCCCGCUGAUUUUGUAACGAAUUCAUUGUUUGUUUUUUAUUUUCGGUGCAAGACUUGCUAGCUAUUAAAUAUCAUGGAAGGAUUUGAUCAGCCCGAAGUAUUGUUUGCCUCUAAUUUUUCUGUCGACGAGCCAUCUGAUGAAAAUCAAAUAGAUCUUCAACAAUCUAAAAAAAAGUUCAAAGAGUUCAUACGACAGUUUCACGAAGGCAACUUCAACUACAAAUACAGAGAUACCUUAAAGCGACAUUACAACUUGGGUCAAUAUUGGCUGGAAGUGAACCUGGAAGACUUGGCAGCAUUUAAUGAAUCUCUUGCCGAGAAACUUUAUAAGCAUCCUUUGGAAUACCUGCCAAUUUUUGAAGAAGCUGCUAAAGAUGUUGCACAUGAACUCACCGCUCCACGACCCAAAGAGGAAGAGAAAAUUGAAGAUAUACAGAUUCUCCUGUCUUCAGAUGGGACCGCCAGCUCUUUUAGGGGCAUGAAACCUGACAACAUUUCCAAGCUGAUAAAAAUCCCUGGAAUCAUAAUUUCUGCUUCUGGAAUAAAAGCUAAAGCGACAAAAAUUGCAAUUCAAUGUCGCAGUUGCAGAAAUAUGCAAACCAAUAUAUCUCUAAAGCCUGGAUUUGAGGGAUAUGCUCUGCCCCGAAAAUGUGGGACGGCACAAGCGGGAACUACAAAGUGUCCAUUGGAUCCGUACUUUAUUGUGCCAGAUAAGUGUCAAUGCGUCGACUUCCAAGUGUUGAAGUUACAGGAGCUUCCAGACAAUAUUCCUCAAGGUGAAAUGCCCAGGCAUUUACAACUCUACUGUGAUCGUUAUUUGUGUGAGAGAGUCGUUCCGGGCAACAGGGUUCUGAUUCUUGGAAUAUUUUCAAUCAAGAAAAUUAUGGCAAGUGGAAGUAGACAGAAUGCCAGGGAUAAAGGUGCUGUUGGGGUUAGGGCCCCGUAUGUUCGAGUUGUUGGAAUAUCUGUUGAUGGGGAGAACACAGGAAGUGGUACUCUAGCACCAACAACGGCUGCUGACGAAGAAGUUUUCAGACGCCUUGCUGCAGAUCCUAAUUUAUACGAAAGGCUAUCUCGGAGCAUAGCUCCGAGUAUCUUUGGUGCUGAGGACAUGAAAAAGGCGAUAGCUUGUCUUUUGUUUGGUGGAUCCAGAAAAAAAAUGCCCGACGGGCUCUGUAGAAGAGGCGACAUCAAUAUUCUUAUGCUCGGAGAUCCUGGUACUGCUAAAUCCCAGCUAUUAAAAUUUGUCGAACGUGUUGCACCCAUUGCUGUCUAUACUUCGGGUAAAGGCAGCUCUGCAGCUGGUCUUACAGCUUCUGUUAUUCGUGAUCCAGCUACGCGAAAUUUUGUCAUGGAAGGAGGUGCAAUGGUUUUAGCAGAUGGCGGGGUGGUUUGUAUCGAUGAGUUUGACAAAAUGAAAGAAGAUGAUCGAGUAGCGAUUCACGAGGCAAUGGAACAGCAGACAAUAUCUAUAGCAAAGGCUGGCAUCACGACGACCCUAAAUACACGUUGUUCGGUUUUGGCGGCAGCCAACUCAGUCUUUGGUAGAUGGGACGACACUAAAGGGGAAGAAAAUAUUGACUUUAUGCCGACCAUUCUAUCCAGAUUCGACAUGAUCUUCAUUGUCAGAGACGAACACGAUCAGACCAAGGAUAUCACCCUUGCAAAACAUGUUAUGAACAUUCAUGUCAAUGCUGGACAAAUAACGGAACAACCAGCGGAUGGUGAACUUCCCUCAAGUCUCUUGAAGAAGUACAUUCAUUACUGUAGAACGAUGUGCGGCCCACGAAUUAGUAAAGAAGCUGGAGAGAAAUUGAAGUAUCGUUACGUUAUUAUGCGCAGUGGAACUAGGGAGCAUGAGCUAGAGGCCGAGAAGCGAUUGGCCAUUCCAAUAACUGUUAGACAGUUGGAAGCGGUCAUCAGAAUAUCCGAAUCACUGGCCAAAAUGAGGCUACAAGCUUUUGCAACUGAAAGUCACGUCGAAGAAGCCCUCAGACUGUUCCAAGUUUCGACUCUUGAUGCUGCAAUGAGCGGUUCAUUGUCUGGCGCGGAAGGCUUCACCACAGAAGAGGACCACGAAAUGCUGACGCAAAUUGAGAAGCAGUUGAAACGCCGCUUUGCCAUCGGCUCUCAAGUAUCUGAGCAAAAUGUAGUCGCGGAUUUUACCAAACAAAAAUACCCAGAACGCGCGAUUUACAAAGUAAUACACACGAUGAUACGCCGUGGUGAGCUGCAGCACCGUAUGCAGAGGAAAAUGCUGUAUAGACUUUCUUGAACGCACCUGGUUAACGAAUAGUUCCAUAUUCUCAAUAAUCGAUUAACGAAUAAAUUAAUAGCAAGAAGAUUAAACACUUCUCAGCACAACUUUUACUCUGUUAUUCUUCACUCAAUUGACACGGAGUAUAUGUCAAAGUCCAAUUUCUAGGAGCCAUUCGGCUGAUCUUGAAAAUACUUUGACACCAUGGUAUUAUUAUCAUGGUAUAUACAAGUGAUCAAAAUAGUGCCUUUCUGAAAAUAAUAUGGUGAACUACCGCUCGUUGCUAGCCUGAAGAACAACACCAUUUACUAUUGAGUAAAUCAUAAUUAGUUUUUAAACAAAAUAAAUAAUUUACUAAUA